AUGCCCAAAAGCCCUGGCCUCCUUCCUCAUAAGACCUUGCCAGCCUACCCAAUGAUCCCCCAGCCUACUCAUCGACUCGCUACCACCUCUUCUAGGCCGCCCAAACGCCAUCCGCGGACAGGAACCCCAUCAAACAUCUCCUUGCCUACUACUCUAGCAACCUGCUCCUUAUGCUACUUGAUUGAACGGGGCCUUGUCCCCAUCUUACCAGCAGAUAGCGCGAAAGCAUUGAGAAGCCCACUGCUUACGUCUCGCGCUGACCCGACCACUCACAAACGCACCCUCCGACCGAUCUUGACACGUCAAACUUUCUGGACCCCAACACCGCCAAUCUCAAACUGCUUACUGCCCAGCCUCUUGGCCUCCUGUAGCUCCCUGCCACGCUUGCCCUUCUCCUCCCCACCGGCCCCGAGCGUGUUUUCAGCCUCUCCUGCAGCCCAAAGCACAAAGCCAGGACUGCACUUGGCUGCAUCAUCUGCCUCCCUUGCUAGCACCCAUCCCGACCCUCCUACUUCCUUGAAUUCAUCUUUGCCAACCUCCUCACUCCACGUACCAUCCCAUGUGCCCUCCAUCUCUGCCCCUCCCCAAUCAUUCAACCAUCCCCACCAUGACGACCAUGACACACUCCUCGCCUUUGAAGACCUCCUGCUCUAG